UCAAAACUCAAAGCACAAGAAGUGAAGUUGAUUGUUUUCCACAACAAACGUUAUAGAAUUUUUCACCGUUGUAAUUGUGUCACAGUUUUAUUAAAAUAAUCUAGAAAUGCUUGUUUUCGGACACGUAAUCAAUUGGUUUUUCAAGAGGUAUCUAUCCAUAAUGGUGUAAAAAGUAUUCCAUAUUAUUGUUAUUGAAGCAGUUCAUUGAACAUUGGCAAGAUGUUGCCUAUGUCACAUAAAGACUCCUUCCAAUCCUACCAUAGAGGCUUUGGCUCCAGAAUUAAGGAAAAAUUACAGGGAUGGAUUAGACUCAUAUUUUCAGAUAGGAAUUCCAGGAAUCUUUUUCUUUUCCUGAUUCUGAAUCUAUCCUUUGCUUUUGUUGAGUUAUUUUAUGGAGUAUGGAGCAAUAGUUUAGGUUUAAUUUCGGAUUCCUUCCAUAUGUUCUUUGACUGUACAGGACUCAUGGCUGGCCUAGCAGCAUCUGUGAUAACCAAAUGGAAAGCAAAUGAUAAAUAUUCCUAUGGGUAUGUUAGAGCAGAAAUUUUGGCCGGAUUUGUAAAUGGGUUGUUCUUACUGUUCAUAUCAUUCUUUUUAAUGUCAGAGGCAGUUGAGAGAGCAAUAGAACCACCAGAGGUUAAACAUGAAAGACUUUUUGUGGUCUCUGUUUUGGGCCUCCUUGUUAAUUUUGUGGGAAUCUAUGCAUUUCAACAUGGCCACUCUCAUGGGGGUGGAUCUCAUGGCCAUUCACAUGGAGGAUCAUCUCAUGGGCACUCUCAUGCAAACAAUCAUCAUGCUCAUGACAUGGAAUUAGACAGUGGCAAUUCACAAAUAAUGAAAGGUGUAUUCCUUCACAUUCUAGCAGAUACAUUGGGCAGUGUGGGUGUCAUCAUUUCUGCCAUUCUCAUGCAGAUGUUUGGGUGGAUGAUUGCAGAUCCAAUUUGCUCCAUGUUUAUUUCUAUACUCAUAGCACUGAGUGUGCUGGCUCUUAUAAAAGAUUCAAUCAUGGUUUUGAUGCAGAGGCAACCUGUUUCUCUUGAUAAUGUGCUGCCACAAUGCUAUCAAAAAGUUGUGAGUUUAGCAGGGGUUUACUCUGUUCAAGAGCCUCACUUUUGGACACUUUGUAGUGAUGUUUAUGUAGGUGCUAUCAAAUUAGAAGUGUCAAAGACUGUUGAUCCUAAGUAUGUGGUAUCACAUACUCAGAUGAUCUUUGCAUCAGUUGGUGUGAGACAGCUAUAUGUACAGUUGGACUAUACACCAAUGUGAUAAUUUUUUCAAUUCCAUGAUAUAAAUAGGACAUUUGGGCAAAUGCAUUUUUCAAAUUGGAAAAGUCAUCACAAAGUUGGACAUGCAUUUGAGAAUCUUUUUUUUGUGAAACUUUUGUGAUGAAACACUCAGAUCAUUGUAUUAUUCAUAAAUGAUCUAACAUAUUAAUUAAGGUUCAACAUUUGAUAACUUGAAAAGUUUUGUCAUGUGAAGUGAAAAUAAAUAAACAUUGAAUGUGAAACAACUUUUACCAUUAAGUUCACAAAUAAUAAUUGAAAUGCUUCCAUGUUUUCUUUAAUCUGAUCAUAUUUUACACCCCUGGAAAAUAUUUUUAUAUGUUGUGAAAAUCACAAUAAUUAUUUGUAAUAGAAAUAUACGAAUUUGUUUC